UGACCCGGACCCUGUUUACGCCAGCACACACAGUCCGUCUCCGUAAGUCUUCCGUCUAAAAGAUGGCGCAGUAUGUGAACGUCGUCCGAAGGGCUUUGGGACAAAUAGGAGGUCACGGCGGAGUCCGGGGGCUUCUCCUGCAGCUGCUCAGAGUGAACGACGUGAAGACAGGAGCUCUGAUCGGAGUCGAUAAAUAUGGCAACAAGUACUUUGAGGACACCAAGCACUACUUCUUCGGGCGUCACCGCUGGGUGAUCUACACCACAGAGAUGAACGGGAAGAACACCAUGUGGAAUUUGGACGGCAGCAUGGUGCCCGCUGAAUGGCACCGCUGGCUGCACUGUAUGACCGACGACCCGCCCACCACCCACCCACCGGAGCCCAGGAAGUUCCUGGCCGAGGUCCACCAGUUCAACGUGAGCGGCAGCCCGCAGCAGUACGUGCCGUACCCCACCACCAGCAAGAAGAUCCACGAGUGGGUUCCGCCCAAAGCCGGAGCCCAGUGAACUCUCAAAACUGCACCUUUUCAUUUUCCACUCUCUGUAAAUUAUGGCUUUCCCGCCGCUGUAUCGAACAUGUCCUAGAAUAAAAUAAAAUCUCUACACAAAUGUUUAAAAGGA